CACUUCCGCCGCGGAUCACUUCUCGCGAGACUUGGGCGGCGCAGCAAUGGCGACACCAUGCCGCGUCACUGCUCCGCCGCCGGCUGCUGCACUCGGGACACGCGGGAGACGCGCAACCGCGGCAUCUCCUUCCAUAGGCUCCCCAAAAAGGACAACCCCCGGCGAGGCCUGUGGCUGGCCAAUUGCCAACGGCUGGACCCCAGCGGCCAGGGCCUGUGGGACCCCUCAUCCGAGUACAUCUACUUCUGCUCCAAGCACUUCGAGGACACCUGCUUCGAGCUGGUGGGCAUCAGCGGGUAUCAUCGGCUGAAGGAGGGCGCCGUUCCCACCAUAUUUGAGUCUUUCACCAAGCUGCGCCGAACCAGUAAGAUCAAGGGGCACGGCUAUCCAGACCUCAGCCGACUGCGGCGUUGCAGGAAGCGCUGCGCUGAGGAAGGAGGACCCACCACUCUGUUUCCAUCACCUCCUCCAGCGGAUAUUGCCUGUUUUCCUGUGGAAGAGGCCUCUGCACCUGCCACUCUACCUGCUUCCCCUGUGGGGAGGCUGGAGCCUGGCCUCAGCAGCUCCUUCUCAGACCUCCUGGGGCCCCUCGGUGCCCAAGCGGAUGAGGCAGGCUGCAGUGCCCAGCCAUCGCCCUCACCGGAGCGGGAGUCGUCCCCCUUGGAGCCACGACCCGUCUCCCCGUCUGCGUACAUGCUACGUCUCCCUCCGCCAGCAGGCGCCUACAUCCAAAACGAACACAGCUACCAGGUGGGCAGUGCCUUGCUCUGGAAGCGGCGGGCUGAAGCGGCCCUGGAUGCCCUGGACAAGGCUCAGCGCCAGCUGCAAGCCUGCAAGCGCCGGGAACAGCGACUGCGGCUGCGGCUGACCAAGCUGCAGCAGGAGAGGGCACGGGAGAAGCGAGCACAGGCGGAUGCCCGGCAGACACUGAAGGAGCAUGUGCAGGACUUUGCCAUGCAGCUAAGCAAUAGCAUGGUGAGGGAGGGGACGCUGGACCAGGGUUGACGGAGAGCCUGCCUCACUGGGGCUUGGGCCACCCGCAGACUCCACUUA